ACCCGUUCAUUGAUAUCGGCCCGUGCGCCCCCCCCUCUAUCCUCUGAUAAGGACGGAGUAUAGGUAAAGGUUGGCACGGUCACUCAGGGUAAGAGGGGAGAGAGGAAGAGAUCAGAGGGUGUCUGUAAAGCGGACGGUCCCUCGGUCCCGGUAGAACAAUGCUACAAUGAGCAGCUUCUUAGACUACUCGGUGAUGAGCGGUGAAGGUGGCUCAUGCUCUGUCAGGGCUUUCCACUCGGACCACGGGAUUACAACUUUUCAGUCCUGCGCGGUUACUGUCAACAACUGCGGGGCGGAUGACCGUUUCAUGGCGAGCAGGGCUUCCCCUGACGGCAUCCCUCAUCAGCCGGGGUCAUACCAGUCUACUGCGAGCUCUCUGGGUCUCGCUUAUGGGGCCCACCCGGCCUGUAGCUCCAGCUAUGGACCCCAAAGUUUCUGUACUACUUAUAACCAUUACGCGCUCAACCAGGAAGUAGAUUCCACAGCGGGAUUCCCCCAGUGCGGCCCACUGAUGUACUCGGGUAACAUUUCCUCCUCCAUGGUCUCUCAGCAUCGCCAAGGCUACAGUGCCGCCCCCCUGGGCCAGCUGCAGUAUGCCCACGCCGCCUAUGGCGGCGGGCAUGAGCAAGCAGCCCCCUUUCCUGGGUGCUCAAACCCGCUGUCACCACUGCACGCAGCUCACCUGGAGGCAUGCUGUUCACCUCUGUCUGAGGGCGGCUCUUCUGCACAAACCUUCGACUGGAUGAAAGUUAAGAGGAACCCACCCAAAACAGGAAGGUCUGGGGAAUACGGUUAUGGGGGUCAGCCGAACACGGUCCGGACCAACUUCACCACCAAGCAGCUGACGGAGCUGGAGAAGGAGUUCCACUUCAACAAGUACCUGACCCGGGCGCGGCGCGUAGAGAUUGCGGCCGCGCUGCAGCUGAAUGAGACUCAGGUGAAAAUCUGGUUCCAGAACCGCAGGAUGAAGCAGAAGAAGCGGGAGAAGGAAGGGCUGCUCCCGGCCAAAACUCCGUCCUCCGAUCCAGGAGAGAGCAUUCAAGAGAAAAUGGACGAUGCAGCAUCAGAAAAGUCUAUCUCAGCCCCCUCUACUCCAUCUCCUUCAUCCUCCAUGGUGUCUUCCACGGGGGCUGAUCCUUACUCCUCCAAUUAAGAAUCAACUGCCCCUUUACCUCUUUAGGCCACAGGCGGCCUGUAUAUACCAAAGAUAAUAUCCAGUGUAUCAAAGCCAAAGUCCUGGUUAAUGGAUGACAUGUGUGGACAUUUAGGAUGAGUUAAUGCACUAUUUGAGACUUUGAACAAUAAUAUGGACCACUUCUGGGUUAUAGAUUUGUUUUAUAUUGUAUAUUGUGUUCGGAAGAACGAUAGCAUAGCUGUCAAAACAAGUGUAGGCCAUGGUUCAAAAUGUGUUCUUUUUUUUUUUAAUGACAUUACAUACGCGCUGCGCCACGACUAUGAUGGCGUAGGAAAUAUACAGUACUUUCCUUACACCUGCCCCUGACCAGUGCUGCGGAAUGUGCCAAUGUCAAGUCACAAAGCUGCACCCACAAACAAAUACCUCAAAUGUGCCAAAGUUGUGCACCAUGGCCACGCCGAUUGCACUGGAUGUCGCCAAUUAGGCAUCACACAAUCAACGAGAUGACCUCGUUUAGUAACCGUUACAGAGUGCAUUGUUAUAGUACCUCCUUAAUCAUUGUCACAUGUGUUUCAGGCCUGUGUGUCUGUGUGUCGCGACUGUCUGAAUGUCCAUUGUGUAAGAUUUGCAUGAUGCGUAACGCUUUCAUGUAUUAGUGGCGGGGCGCUGAGUUUUAUCAGUUGGGG